AUGGGGUGGAAGGAAUGUGAGCUUGUCAAACAUCUCAGGGACAAACACAAGCAGCCCGAGACGCUCACAGACCACACCAGCCGAGGCUCACAGUCGGUGACGAGCCCUCUGUUUAUGCGGAUGUCGGCGGCUGCGGCCUCGGAGUUGGCCUGGAACCCCAUGUGGGGCUGCCAUAGUCCAGGGUCGAGUCCUCAGCCAGGAAGGGGUGCCAGAGAGGAGCUCCUGUUCAUCCGAGAGAGUGAGCAAGCGAGGAAGCUGGCAUCAGGCUCCGCACUGAGGAUGACAGAUGGGACAGUGGAGCUGCGGGUGUCGCUGAGAGUGUGGCUGUGCGGGAGCGGCAGCGUGGGGAUAGGGAGUCCCAGUGUGUCCACGACAUCAGGCCAGGGCCUACCUCCCGUGUCCUGCAUGCAGGAGGUCCCCGAGGCCCUAACCCUGCUUCUCUCCAUCCAGGUGGCCCAGAAGAGGGUCGCUCCCUGGAGAGCUUCUGGGCCCUCUGGAGGUGGAGGGGUGCUGGGGGCAGGGCCUGGACCUCUCCUCUCUUCUCCCCACCCUUCCUUAACUUUCCCCGUCUGCACGUGGUUCGAGCAUGUCAGCAUGCUGGUCAUCCUGCUCAACUGCGUGACCCUGGGUAUGUUUCGGCCCUGUGAGGACGUCCAGUGCCACUCGGAGCGCUGCAACAUUCUGGAGGCCUUCGACGACUUCAUCUUCGCCUUCUUCGCCGUGGAGAUGGUCAUCAAGAUGAUUGCUCUGGGGCUGUUCGGGCAGAAGUGCUACCUGGGCGACACCUGGAAUAGGCUGGACUUCUUCAUCGUAAUGGCGGGCAUGAUGGAGUAUUCCCUGGAUGGACACAAUGUGAGCCUUUCAGCCAUCAGAACCGUACGCGUGCUGCGGCCCCUACGCGCCAUCAACCGAGUGCCCAGCAUGCGCAUCCUGGUCACGCUGCUGCUGGACACGCUCCCCAUGCUGGGAAACGUGCUCUUGCUCUGCUUCUUCGUCUUCUUCAUCUUCGGCAUCGUGGGGGUUCAGCUGUGGGCGGGCCUGCUGCGCAACCGCUGCUUCCUGGACAGCGCCUUUGCCAGGAAUGACAACCUGAGCUUCCUGCGCCCGUACUACCAGCCGGAGGAGGGUGAGGAGAACCCCUUCAUCUGCUCCUCUCACCGGGACAACGGCAUGCAGAAGUGCUCACACAUCCCCAGCCGCCGUGAGCUGCGUCGCGAGUGCACGCUGGGCUGGGAGGCCUUUACACAGCCACCAGCUGAGGGGCCAGAAGGGGCCGCCAGCCGCAACGGCUGCAUCAACUGGAACCAGUACUACAAUGUGUGCCGCUCGGGGGGUGUCAACCCCCACAAUGGUGCCAUCAACUUUGACAACAUUGGCUAUGCCUGGAUCGCCAUCUUCCAGGUGAUCACGCUGGAGGGCUGGGUGGAUAUCAUGUACUACGUCAUGGAUGCCCACUCGUUCUACAACUUCAUCUACUUCAUCCUCCUCAUAAUCGUGGGCUCCUUCUUCAUGAUCAACCUGUGCCUGGUGGUGAUUGCCACCCAGUUCUCAGAGACUAAGCAACGGGAGAACCAGCUGAUGCGUGAACAGCGGGCACGCUACCUGUCCAACGACAGCACGCUGGCCAGCUUCUCCGAGCCGGGCAGCUGCUACGAGGAGCUGCUCAAGUACGUGGGCCACGUGGUGAGGAAGGUCCGGCGACGUGGCCUGCGCAUCUAUGCCCGCUGGCAGAGCCGCUGGCGCAAGCAGGUGGACCCAGAUGCUGCUCCGCCUGGUCAGGGCUCUGGGGGUCGGCGGCAGGGUCGGGCCAGCCGGCGCAUGGCAUCCAUCCAUCACCUUGUCUACCACCACCAUCACCACCACCACCACCACUACCACUUCAGUCACAACAGCCCGCGCCGACCCACCGAGCCCGACUGUAGGCUGGUGCGUGCCAGCGCCAGUGCCCCGCAGCCCAUGCCUGGCCCCGGGCCACAAGAUGCCGUGCACAGCGUCUACCAUGCCGACUGUCACGUGGAGGGACCGCAAGAGCGCUCCCGGGCAGCCCAUGCUGUGGCCACUGCUGCUGCUGGCCUCAAACUGGCCACCAGGCUGGGUGCCAGGAACUACCCCACGAUCUUGCCCUCGGGGGCAGGCAGCAAGGGAUGCACCAGCCCUGGGCCCAAGGGGGCACUGGGCAGUGGGGUGCACAGCCCCACGGGCCUGAGUGGCCCUGACCCUUAUGAGAAGAUCCAGCACUUGGUCGGGGAGCACGGACUCGGCCGGACUCCCAGCCGCCUGUCGGGCCUGAGUGUACCCUGCCCUCUGCCCAGCCCCCAGGCGGGCACACUGACCUGUGAGCUCAAGAGCUGCCCCUACUGUGCCAGCGCCCUGAACGAUCCCGACCUGGAGCUCAGUUGCUCUGAGAGUGGCGACUCCGACAGCAAUGGAGUCUACGAGUUCACACAGGACGUGCGGCGAGGUGACCGCCGGGAUCCUCUGCAGCCUCCUGCCCCUGAGACCCCCAGCUGGGGCAGUGGGCCGAGGAGGCGGGCACAUGGGCAGGGGCCGGGUGAGCCCGGUGGGCUGGUCCGGCUCUGGGCUGCCUUCAGCGGCAAGCUGCGGCACAUCGUGGACAGCAAGUACUUCAACCGUGGCAUCAUGGUGGCCAUCCUGGUCAACACACUGAGCAUGGGCGUUGAGUACCAUGAGCAGCCCGACGAGCUGACCAGUGCCUUAGAGAUCAGCAACGUGGUCUUCACAAGUCUCUUCGCCCUGGAGAUGCUGCUGAAGCUCCUGGCCUGUGGACCACUGGGUUACAUCCGCAACCCAUACAACAUCUUCGAUAGUGUCAUUGUGGUCAUCAGUGUCUGGGAGAUCAUCGGGCAGGCAGAUGGCGGGCUGUCAGUGCUGCGGACCUUCCGGCUGCUGCGGGUGCUGAAGCUGGUCCGCUUCAUGCCCGCGCUGCGGCGCCAGCUUGUGGUGCUCAUGAAGACCAUGGACAAUGUGGCCACCUUCUGCAUGCUGCUCAUGCUCUUCAUCUUCAUCUUCAGCAUCCUGGGCAUGCACCUCUUUGGCUGCAAGUUCAGCCUGAAGACGGACACAGGUGACACCGUCCCCGACCGGAAGAACUUCGACUCCUUGCUGUGGGCCAUCGUCACCGUGUUCCAGAUCCUCACUCAGGAGGACUGGAACGUGGUUCUCUACAACGGCAUGGCCUCGACCUCCUCCUGGGCCGCCCUCUACUUCGUGGCCCUGAUGACCUUUGGCAACUACGUGCUCUUCAACCUACUAGUGGCCAUCCUUGUGGAAGGCUUCCAGGCGGAGGGCGAUGCCAACAGGUCUGACACAGAUGAAGAUAAGACGUCGGCACAUUUAGAAGAGGACCUGGACAAGCUCAGGGACCUGCAGGCAGCUGAGAUGAAGAUGUAUUCCCUGGUGAUGACCCCCAAUGGGCACCUGGAGGCCCAGAGCAGCCUGCCCCCUCCCCUCAUCAUGCACACAGCAGCCACACCCAUUCCAACUCCUAAGGGGUCCCCUCACCUGGACUCAGCCCCUGGGCUGCUGGAAUCUCGACGUAGCAGCAGUGGUUCCGUGGACCCCCAGCUGGGAGACCAGAAGUCUCAGUCCAGUCUUCGCAGCUCACCCAGUGCCCACUGGGGCCCCAAUGGUGCCUGGAGCAGCCGCCGUUCAAGCUGGAACAGCCUGGGACGGGCACCCAGCCUGAAGCGCCGGAGCCAGUGUGGAGAGCGAGAGUCGCUGCUGUCGGGCGAGGGCAAGGGCAGCACAGACGACGAGGCCGAGGACAGCAAGCUGGGAGCGGGGGCCUCCCCGGGGUCCCGUGCUGCUUCGCUGAGGCGUGCCGAGUCUCUGGACCACCGCAGCACACUGGACCUUCCACCCCCGAGGCCGGUGGCCCUUUUGCCCACCAAGUUCCAGAACUGCAACGGGCAGACGGUGGCCCUGCCCAGUGAAUUCUUCCUGCGCAUCGACAGCCACAAGGAGGAUCCAGCUGAGUUCGAAGAUGACAUGGAAGAUAGCUGCUGUUUCCGCCUGCGUGUGGUGCUGGACCGCCACAAGCCGGAUUGGUGCCGCCGCAGGGAGCCCUGGGCGCUCUACGUCUUCUCACCGCAGAACCGGUUCCGGGUCAUCUGCCAGAAGGUCAUUGCCCAUAAGAUGUUUGACCAUGUAGUGUUGGUCUUCAUUUUCCUCAACUGCAUCACCAUCGCUUUGGAGCGCCCAGACAUCAAUCCGGGCAGCACUGAACGCGUCUUCCUCAGUGUCUCCAACUAUAUCUUCACAGGAAUCUUUGUGGUGGAGAUGAUGGUGAAGGUGGUGGCCUUGGGCCUGGUUUCGGGCGAGCAUGCUUACCUACAGAGCAGCUGGAACGUGCUGGAUGGGCUGCUGGUCCUGGUGUCCCUGGCUGACAUUGUGGUGGCCAUGGCAUCGGCUGGUGGUGCUAAGAUCCUGGGCGUGCUGCGGGUGCUGCGGUUGCUGAGGACUCUGCGACCCCUUAGGGUCAUCAGCCGUGCCCCGGGACUCAAGCUGGUAGUGGAGACCCUCAUUUCCUCGCUCAGACCCAUUGGGAACAUCGUCCUCAUCUGCUGUGCCUUCUUCAUUAUCUUUGGCAUCCUGGGUGUGCAGCUCUUCAAGGGCAAGUUCUAUUACUGCGAGGGUUCAGACACAAAGAACAUCUCCACGAAGGCGGAGUGCCGCGCUGCCCACUACCGCUGGGUGCGCCGCAAGUACAACUUCGACAACCUGGGUCAGGCCUUGAUGUCCCUGUUUGUCCUCUCAUCCAAGGAUGGCUGGGUCAACAUCAUGUACGAUGGGCUGGAUGCAGUGGGCAUCGACCAGCAGCCUGUACAGAACCACAACCCCUGGAUGCUGCUGUACUUCAUCUCCUUCCUGCUCAUCGUCAGCUUUUUUGUGCUCAACAUGUUCGUGGGCGUGGUGGUGGAGAACUUCCACAAGUGCCGUCAGCACCAGGAGGCAGAAGAAGCCCGUCGGCGUGAGGAGAAGCGGCUCAGGCGCCUGGAGCGGAGGCGACGGAGCACGCUCCCCAUCCCAGAGGCCCAGCGGCGACCCUACUAUGCUGACUACUCGCCCACGCGCCGCGCCAUCCACUCGCUCUGCACCAGCCACUACCUCGACCUCUUCAUCACCUUCAUCAUCGGGGUCAACGUCAUCACCAUGUCCAUGGAACACUACGACCAGCCCAAGGCACUGGACGAGGCCUUAAAGUACUGCAACUAUGUGUUCACCAUCGUCUUUGUGGUCGAGGCAGUGCUGAAGCUGGUGGCGUUUGGGUUCCGGCGGUUCUUCAAGGACAGGUGGAACCAGCUGGACUUGGCCAUUGUGCUACUGUCCAUCAUGGGCAUCACGCUGGAGGAGAUCGAGAUGAACGCUGCACUGCCCAUCAACCCCACCAUCAUCCGCAUCAUGCGUGUGCUGCGCAUCGCCCGGGUGUUGAAGCUGCUCAAGAUGGCCGUGGGCAUGCGGGCACUGCUGGACACGGUGGUUCAAGCCCUGCCCCAGGUAGGGAACCUUGGCCUACUUUUCAUGCUCCUGUUUUUUAUCUAUGCUGCCCUGGGAGUGGAGCUGUUUGGGAGGCUAGACUGCAGUGAAGACAACCCCUGUGAGGGCCUGAGCAGACAUGCCACCUUCACCAACUUUGGCAUGGCUUUCCUCACGCUAUUUCGCGUGUCUACAGGAGACAACUGGAAUGGAAUCAUGAAGGACACGCUCCGGGAGUGUGCUCGCGAGGACAAGCACUGCCUCAGCUACCUGCCGGUCAUCUCGCCUGUGUACUUUGUCACCUUCGUGCUGGUGGCCCAGUUCGUGCUGGUCAAUGUGGUGGUAGCCGUGCUCAUGAAGCACCUGGAGGAGAGCAACAAGGAAGCGAGGGAGGAUGCUGAACUGGACGCUGAACUGGAGCUGGAGAUGGCUCGCUCCCUGCCCACUGCUGGCACUGCCACUGCCCCUGCUGUCUCCACACCACCGGAGAGCCCAGGCACUGGCCCUGAGGCCCUGAACUUGCUGGUGGUGCGCAAGGUGUCAGUGUCGCGCAUGCUCUCACUGCCCAAUGACAGCUACAUGUUCCGGCCUGUGGCCCCUGCGACCCCUCAGCCAGUGCAGGAGGUGGAGAUGGAGACUUACACAGGCACUGUUCCUUCUACCAGCACACCUUCCACAGAGCCCUGCGCAGCUCUCGAGGUCCCCCCUGAGACCAUGUCUCUACCGACACCAGCUGGUCUCUCCCCAGGGAGAGCCAACGACACCCUUAGAGCCCCCUCGCCACGGACCACGCCGCACUCCCCCAGCCUCAACCGGCUCCUCUGCAGACAGGAGGCUGUCCACACAGACUCUCUGGAAGGACAGAUUGACAGCUCCCAGGACAGCGCCUUGGGUUCUGGGGAGUCUGGGGAGAAGCCUGCAGCCAGGCCAUCGACUCUGGGGGCUCCCCUGAGGACCCCACCUCGCUCUCCGAGGCCUGCCAGCAUGCGUGCUCGCCGGCACACACUCGGACAGCGUUCCAUGGCCAGCAGGCCACCUGGCGCGGACGAAGCCGCAGACCCAGCAGAUGAGGAGGUCCGCCACAUCACCAGCACAGCCCGGCCCUGGCCGCCUGAGCCCCACAGCCCUGCAGCUUCGCCUGCUGCCUCUCCAGCAGCGCACAGGGCCCUCCGUCGGCUCUGCAGUGCGGAUGGCUGGGGCUGCCGCCCGGGGCUGACCCGAGAGGGUCAGAGGCAGCUGGGCGAGUCAGGAGGGGACCUUGGGCGGGAUGAGGCCGCAGAGGCCGAGCCGGCCCUGGGUGCGCGCCGUAAGAAGAAAAUGAGUCCCCCGUGCAUCUCCAUCGAACCUCCGGCGGAGGAUGAGGGAGCUGGCCGGCCUCCCGCCCCAGAGGGAGGCAGUACCACACUACGGCGGAGAACCCCAUCCUGUGAGCCCUCCCCAGGCCCAGCUGCCCCUCAUAGGGAACCCCUGGAGGCCACGGAGGGUCCAGGGGCUGGGGUGGACCCCUCGGGCAAGGGAGAACGCAGGAGCCAGGCUGUGGCCCGAGCAGAUCACCUGACUGUCCCCAACUUUGCCUUUGAGCCACUGGAGGUGGGGGCUCCCAGUGGGGAUCCAUUUUUGGAUAGUAGUCAGGACAUGGCCCCAGAACCUCAUGUGUCCUCAUUGGGGGCCAUGCUACCACUGCCUCCGGAACCCCAUAACAUAGAGCCUCCUGUGCCCUCUGGGGAUCCUCCAGAGAAGGGGCAGGGGACACUCUUCACGGCUCCUCAGAGUCCCCCAAAGAAACCGAGGUCGCCCCCCGCCACCCCUGCCCUGGAUGAGAGCAUAGAGGACCCCGUGUAG